AUGAGUUCGGCAGGCGAGGGAGAAGGUGAUGACCCUGACUGGUCCGAGGGCACCGUUACCCCAAGAUUGGAAGAGAACGCGCUGGCCGAAGACAACGGCGGCGAUGUGCUGAGCCUGACUUGCUUUCAUUCGGUGUGUGAAGGUUGCUUGCUCAACUCGGCGCGUCCAGGGCUCAGAUACACUAGAGAUGUGCAGGAGACUGGCAAUUUACUCAUUGCAUUUGCUUCAAGGCGAGAUGAGGCGAAGUUGAAAUGCAGUAUUCACCGUUCCGAGGAGGAGAACAUGCAGCAGAACAUGUGGGAAAGUGCUUUGGAAGCCGAAAAGGUGGAGCAGCAACUUCAGGAACGGCCUGUGCCUCCAGAUAUGUUCUUUGAGGUAUCGACUCCACACGAGUCUGUACCAAUCCUCGAUUUGGGAGAGCACGAGGCCAGCCUUGUGUGGCAUUUCCUUCCGCAGCCUUGUCAUCCAGCCAUGACCGAUGCGACAGGGUGGCAUUGUGUCGUCACUGAACACUUCGUUGCAGGCCAAGGGGCCCGUCAACAUGUUGAGUUCCGAGCACAGUCAAGCACCAAUGGAGCACCACCUCAAAGUCUGGUCUUUCGCUUCUCCCAGGUGGACCGGCUGCUUGGCCAGCUUGGGCAGAUGAGCGAGCUUCGAGAUGUGACGCUGCCCCGUCUUCCGCCAAAGGUCACGAUUCGGUCCACUUGGGCUGGCCGUUUUGAUGCGACCUUUUUGCAGGAACGGCAGAGUCUUUUGACGAGUUUUUUCGAAGAGCUGUGCACCAUUCUGAACGGAAAAUACUCAGCAAUCGGAAACGUUUUGGACCUCUGCGAACCUUUGGGGGAGUUUGUGGCCAGCGCGGCAAGAGCAGGGUCCACAGAGGAGCUGGCGACAGUCGCAGCAGUGGAGGCCGCCAUCCGCAGGGAAGAAGACCGUCAGAUAAUUGCAUCGCAGGAUGCAGAAUAUGAGGAAAGCUUGCGACAGGAUGAGCUUCGUCGAAUAGCGCAAGCCGAGAAGGCCGAAAAAGAGAGACUUGUGGCAGAGGAAGAGGCCAGACAGCAAAAAGCUGCUGAGGAAGAGGCGGCCGCUCUUGUGGAGGAACAAAGGCUUCGGCGAGAGACAUUCGACAGGCAGCACCCGCUGCCGGAAGCCGGGAAGCCACAGGCGACCGUGCGAUUUCGCGCAGCCAGUGGAGCUACGAUCCAGCGUACUUUUGCUGAAGACACACAGGUUUCCGCCUUGUUCGAGUUUGCUGCAGUGGCAGACUGGGACGGUCCAGCCUUGGGCCGGCCGUUUGAUCUCAGGACUUCUUUCCCGGUAACGAACCUGCAGGGGAAGGAAUCGCAGACGCUCAGGGAAGCUGGACUUUGUCCUUCAACGAUGCUUCUCGUUGCGGAGCAUGACGACUGA